CAGCUUGGUCCCUAUGGAGCUUCCGUAGCGGUGCUGGCGCGGCGGGGAGCGUCCGGGAUGAGCGCGGCCGAGGCCGACCGCUGGGCGUGGCUGCUGGUGCUCUGUUUCGUGUUUGGGUGCAAUGUCCUGCGGAUCCUCCUUCCGUCCUUGUCCUCCUUCAUGUCCAGGGUGCUGCAGAAGGAUGCAGAGCAGGAGUCGCAGAUGAGGGCAGAGAUCCAGGAUAUGAAGCAAGAGCUCUCCACGGUCAACAUGAUGGACGAGUUUGCCAGAUACGCCAGGCUGGAAAGGAAGAUCAACAAGAUGACGGACAAGCUCAAGACUCAUGUGAAAGCACGGACAGCUCAACUAGCCAAGAUAAAAUGGGUGAUGAGUGUUGCUUUCUACAUAUUGCAAGCAGCCUUGAUGAUCUCGCUCAUUUGGAAGUAUUAUUCUGUCCCCGUGGCUGUUGUGCCAAGUAAAUGGAUAACACCGCUAGACCGCCUGGUAGCCUUCCCUACCAGAGUAGCAGGUGGUGUUGGAAUUACCUGUUGGAUUUUAGUUUGUAACAAGGUUGUGGCGAUUGUACUUCACCCUUUCAGCUGAAGAGGAGAUGAACACUGCUGGGGGACUGUUUUGUUGUCCUGGGAAUUGAACUCAGGGUUCCUUACCACUGAGCCCCAACUCCAGCCUUUUUUAUUUUUAAUUUUGAGACAGGGUCUCGCUAAGUUGCCCAGGCUGACCUCAAACUCCUGCCUCUGCCUUCCUGAGUUGCUGGGAUUACAAGUGUGCCCCACCACACCUGGCCUAGCUGUAUGACUUACAAAAAUAGUUCUCUUAUUAGGUUAAAAGUCUGAUUGCCACUUAAAAAAACAAAAACAACAACAACAAAAAAAAAAACCCCAGAGUACACAGGGUAGUUUUUUUGUUGGAUAUGUUCUUGGGCUUUUUGUGAGAUUCUUGUGAGAAUCCCAGUGUUCUGCAGUUGGGGACGUGUGCAUCAACCACCUAACGCUGGCUUUAAAACACUGAUUUGGUCUCUUGGCACAUUAUUUUGUUGCCAACUGGAAAGUCAAAAUUUUCUAACAAUUUAAGUACUUUUUAAUUCAGUUUAGAAAGUAGCUUAAUCUUAUUAUCACUACUAGAACUUGAACAUUUGGUUUUUUUGCCUCAUGUAGUAUAACUGAAAGAAUAACACUAAUUGACAUUGCUUGUUCUUUUUCUAUGUCUAAAUGUUGUUUGUUGGAUAAACAUUUGCAUAGUGUAUAUUAUCUACUUAUUUGGAGCUGUUAGUUUUCAUUACAGUGCUUUAUAAAUGUACUGAUGAGACCAUAAUGAAUUGUUUUGUAUUUAAGCAUUUCAAAUUAAGUAUGUUUUGUAAGCAUUUAAUAUUUAUGCUUAGUAGAAUGGAACAAAGUUAAAACACAAAGUAGGGAGUCUGAUUAAAUUAAUCUGAACUGAUACUUUUUGACCUCUAAAGUAUAAUUCUGCUAAAUCUAUUUUUUGAGGCACAUUUUCUAAUUAAAAUAUUUGCAAGUGCUGGCGUUACUUACUUCCUUGUCACCACUUACUUGCUGUAAACGAUUUGUAACUGACAAGUGGUGAGAGGCUUGGCUGUUAACUUGGUGUGUAACCAUAGCACAGUACAGCUAAAUUCUCUCAACUGGUUUUCAGAAGAUCAUAUUCUUUUUUAGUGGGGUGGGUACUGGGGAUUGAACUCAGGGGCACUUGACCACUGAGCCACAUCCCAGCCCUAUUUUGUAUUUUAUUUAGAGACAGGGUCUCACUGAGUGGCUGACUGCCUCUCCGUUGCUGAGGCUGCUUUGAACUCACAAUCUUCCUGUCUCAGCCUCCCAAGCUGCUGGAAUUAUAGGUGUGCACCACUGCCCCCUGCCCAAAGAUCACAUUCUUAAUUCUUGUGUUUCUCGUGAUCUAAUAAGUAGAUCAUUAUUAUUUUAGUUGAUUAUACUGUGAAAAGACAAAGUGCUUUGGUCCUUUAGUUUAUUGUCAUAUUGAGGCCCACCAGGGUGGGUUUGAGGUUCCACUAACUUAAACUCACAAGACACUGCAGACUUUCCCAGUACCCACCUUACUUCAUGACGUGUGCAGACCUGGAAACUCAGCAGUGCUCAUAGCAGAUAGGAUCAGGAGGACCUGAUGGCAGCUCUGGAGUCUCACACCACACAGGAGAUGCUUCGGCUGUAAAGGAGGAGGAGCCCACAGGAGAGGAGCACAGAGUGGCCCAGGAGGCCGCCCAGAGUGCGGCAGCCUUCACGGAGUUUAGCACAGGGAGGCUCCUGCCUCCCUCCCCUUCCCAGCAAGCUACAGCCUCAAGUGAUGGUCAUACGGAAAUCAGUGGGCAGCCAGGUGCAGCACGCCAGGUCGUCCGCGGACCACCAAUCAGUGUGAAGUGCCCCAGCAAGACCCUCUGCCUUCCAGUUGAUGCUGCCGGAAUUGUGGCGAGUCUCACUGAGGAAAGACUGAGAGUUCAUGAAGGGUCUGGGGAGAUUAUGUAGGGAAAUAGAAACGUCCUUUAUGUUGCACAUCAUUUUUUUUUUUUUUUUUUCAAAAAGUGUUUUUGUUUUUAAGUAAAUAAUAAGUAUGGGGUUGAAUUAAAAAGAUAACAGAAAGGGAUACCAUCUUGUAAAGCAAUUUCUCAGAGUUCUCAUGUUAUCAGUUUCUUAUGAUUUCUCCAAGAUAUCCAUGUGUUUAUGAAUACUGAUGUAUGUGCUUGUAAAGUAAUUUUUUUAAGUUAUAAAAGUAAAACCUGAAAAGAAAAUAA